CUCUUCCACUUGGAAAACAUAUCCAUACAAACUCCAGUAAUUUUCUUCCCUGAUCAUCCUCCGCAUCGCUCGAAUUCUUCCCCAUUUGAAUAGACUUGGGUAUGAAGUUAUUCGUACCAAGGGAACACGAGUGUUGUGCUGACUGAUCUUUUUUCUUUCAUUUGCUUUGAUCAGAUACAUAUAUAUACUAGAGAGACGGGGUCAGCGGCAGCGGUGGCGGCGGCGAGGAAAGCAUCCGAAGACAGAAGGAGCAGGAGCUUAUAUCACUUCCUUGGAGAAUGAAUGGAAAAAAGGGUAGUGUUACGAUCGAUGUCUGCCUCCCAUCAACCAUCAAGCGCCCUGAGAGUGACAAGGAAACUGACGAUGGAGGUUUCUACUUCCUGGGUUUCAUUUGGAGUGUGCGGGACUUCUGCAAAGAAGACAGAAAUAGGGUAAUCUUCUCGCUGAAGGUGGGUUUUGCUGUUCUUCUGGUGUCAUUGCUCAUACUUUUCCGAGCACCCUACGAAAUCUUUGGCACCAACAUCAUCUGGUCUCUCCUAACCGUUGCCAUCAUGUUCGAAUACACCGUAGGGGCGACGUUUAACCGAGGAUUCAAUCGUGCUCUGGGAAGUUUGCUUGCCGGAAUAUUCGCCAUUGCCAUAAUCCAAGUGGCCAUAUGCACUGGUCGCAUCGCGGAACCCUUGAUCAUAGGCCUCAGCAUCUUCCUGAUUGGCACCAUUACAUCUUUCAUGAAGCUAUGGCCAUCGCUCGUUCAGUACGAGUAUGGUUUUAGGGUCAUACUAUUCACCUUCUGUCUGAUCAUAGUCUCCGGUUACCGGAUGGGGAAUCCGGUGAAGACUGCCAUGGACCGCCUGUACUCAAUCGCAAUCGGAGGACUCGUCGCUGUUCUUGUCAAUAUCCUCGUUUGCCCUAUUUGGGCUGGCGAGCAACUGCAUAAGGAGCUGGUCAACAGCUUUGAUUCAGUGGCUGAUUCUCUAGAAGAGUGUGUGAGAAAAUACCUUGAGGAUGAUGGUUCCAUUCAUCCAGAGUUCUCCAAGACCAUCAACGAUGAGUUUGCCGAUGAGCCUGCAUUCCGAAGAUGCCGGGCGACGUUGAACUCAUCUGCAAAACUCGAUUCACUGGCAAAUUCAGCGAAAUGGGAACCCCCACAUGGAAGAUUUAGGCACUUCUUCUACCCGUGGUCCGAAUACGUUAAGGUCGGCGCCGUCCUCCGCUACUGUGCAUAUGAAGUGAUGGCAUUGCAUGGUGUGCUGCACUCCGAAAUACAGGCACCUUAUAACCUACGGAUCACAUUCCAAUCAGAGAUUAUGGAAGCAAGCAGUCAAGCCGCCGAGCUGCUACGGAGCCUGGGCAAAGACAUAAGCAACAUGAGGCGUAGCCUCCGACCUUACUUACUGCAAAGCGUCCACGACUCCACUGAACGACUUCAACGUUCUAUAGACAUUCACUCCUACCUCCUCACCUCUAGCCAUGAGCUCUUGGAUUGUUCCACCAAGUUGCCUUCCGUUAGGCUCUCCACCACUCUCUCUUCCAACUUCUCUGACCUCUCUAACAACUUGGCUGAGGCAGGCGACGGCCUUGAACUUAACCUCGAUGGGCCAUCUCAGACUACCCCGGCUCAAGCUGAGUCUUAUCACGAGACCAUGAAGAAGCAACAAAGGAGGCUCCAUUCAUGGCCGUCGAGGGACGUCGGGGGGUUUGAAGAAGAGGGUGGAGACGUCGGGACGGACUUUCUCCAGAGGAUGCGAGCGCUCGAGAGCACCACGUCCCUUUCUCUGGCUACCUUCACUUCAUUGCUUAUUGAGUUUGUUGCCCGACUAGAUCAUCUAGUUGAAGCUGUCGAUAAGCUUGCUAAGUUGGCGAAUUUCAAGUAUGAAGGUGUAAAGUAAGAGGGAGGAGGAUGAGAGAAAUUACUGAUUAUUAGCAUUAUUAUGUAAAUGAUCAUAUAAACCAUGAAAAAUAAAAGACUAUGAAACUUAAUUACAUCAACUAAAAUAAAGCUUUAUAACUUAAUUUUUCAUACA